AUGGAAAUGGGCUCUAGCUCUAUGACCGAUUCAGGGAGCUCCUCCUCCUCUUCCCCACCUAACUCCUCCACCGAGUCUCUCAACGGCUUGAAAUUUGGCCGGAAAAUCUACUUUGAGGAUGCGGGUCUCGGAGCUCCAUAUAAAUCCGGGUCUGCUGGGUCUUCUUCCUCUGGGGCUACACCGCCCAAGAAGCAAAGGGGUGUGAAUUUGGCUCAGCCGGGUCAGCCACCGAGGUGUCAGGUUGAGGGCUGCCAGGUAGAUCUGAGUGAUGCCAAAGCUUACUAUUCCAGGCACAAAGUCUGUGGCUUGCACUCUAAGACCCCCAUGGUCAUUGUUGCUGGUCUUGAACAGAGGUUUUGCCAACAGUGUAGCAGAUUUCAUCAGCUUCCUGAAUUUGACCAAGGAAAGCGUAGUUGCCGUAGACGCCUGGCUGGUCAUAAUGAGCGCCGCAGAAAGCCACAACCUGGAUCCAUGUUGUCUGCGCGUUUUGGCCGACUUUCUUCAUCUAUCUAUGAAAACAGCAGCAGAGUUGGAAGCUUUCUCAUGGACUUCACUGCAUACCCCAGGGUUUCUGGGAGGGAUGCAUGGGCAACCACGAGAACGUCUGAGCGGGUACCUGGAAAUCAAAAUUCCAAUGACACAGGGAAGUUUCUUCAACAUCCAUGGCAGAGCAACUCUGAGAUUACUCCAUCAGGCCUUUACCUGCAAGGUUCAGCGGGCGGGACUAGUUAUCCUGGUCCUGGAAUUCCUCCGGGAGAAUGCGUCACAGGAGUCACUGACUCAAGCUGUGCUCUCUCUCUUCUGUCAAGUCAACCAUGGGGCUCUAGAAACCGAGUAUCGGGUGUUGGGAUGAACACCGUGAUAAACACUCAAGGGCCACCUGUGGGUCAACCGAUCACUCAUGCUGGGACCUCCAACCACUUUCCGACCACUUCGUGGGGUUUCAAGGGAAAUGCUGGUAGCAGCACACACGAGAUGCUUCCUGAUCUUGGUCUCGGUCAACUAUCGCAGCCUCCUCUUAGUACUCAGUACUCUGGCGUGCUUGAGUUGUCUCAACAGAGCAGCAGGCGGCAGCAACAAAUGGAACUUGGACACACCAGGGGCUAUGACACCAGCAGUCAGCAUGUUCACUGGUCGCUUUAA